UAUUUUAAUGUCUUUUUUCUAAGAGUGUAUACGACAUACAGUUGCAGGGGUUUUAUUAGAAGCCGGGACCCGGGUACCGGCACCCGUCUACUCUGAGUACAGUACCCGCCUUCACAAAAAUGAGGUCAUGAGUGGAUAAAUAAAAGAACAAUAAAAAAACUCAGACUAACCGAAACAUCUUUCCACAACUCUCCCGCUUUGCUAGCAUAAGCUAGUUAACCAGGAAUUGCAACUCCGAAUUACAAUCCUUUUUACAUGUAAACUAAUAUUUCUGUGUCCGGAUUAACGAGUGUUUUGUCAAGCAAAGUAAUAAAUUUCAAAGUUUGAUCGCAUCGCGUGUCUUCGCGAAACGCAUCGCUUACGAUAUCAAAGUAGAUACCAGGACCCCCUCUUGUCAGCUGUUGCAUAACAUUUGCACGUGACAUUUCACACGACUGAAAAGCACAUGGUUUUAAAAUGGCCGCGACGAAUAAAAGAUCUUCUCAAGGCGUCCUUGACAAUUUUUUUGUCGUUUCAAAGAAGUCAAAAGACAAUUCAACAGUGCCUUCAGUACAAGAGGCUACUGGAGAGGCAGAAACAAAGUCUUCUAAUGAAGCAGUCUCAGAUACGUCACAGCGAGUAGAAAAAACUCGUGGGACAAAUGUUUCUAAAGCAAUAGCAGAUGACAUUAUGUUAUUAGAAAUGGAGAGAUGUGGACUUGCUAACCUGCACAACUACUAUGAGUGCAAACAAAAAAGCUGCAAAGAUUUCUCAAAAGAAGAAGAGGCCAGGCAGAAGAAGCUGAAGAAGAGACGAUUUCAUCACAGCUGGGUUGAAGAAAGAGAACUAGCCUAUGAUAACACCACAGGCAUUUGGUGGCUUCUUUUCUCAGAAAACCAAGGCAUGUUUUGUUUUCUUUGCUGCAAACAUAAAACUUUGAACACUCAAAACAAUGCUGCAGUAUUCAGCACUACACCCAGCACAAGAUACAGGAAAGAGGCCAUCAGAGAACAUUCUUUAACCAAAAUGCAUGAAGCUGCUGUGGAAGCUGAAAUGAAUCACAGGGUGUCAAUGUUUCAUCAACAGUAUGAAGAAAAGAAAGCAGUUCGCAAUGAUGUAUUGUACAAUGCUUUUGCAGCCUUGUACUGGUUAGCAAAGGAGGCAGUUGCCAAUGUUAAGUUUUUCUCUUUGCUAAAUCUGUUCCGGGCUGUUGGUCUAGACAAAAUGCAGCAUUUUAACCACAAAUCUGCUGCUGCAGUGAGAGAAAUGUUCCUGACAAGUGGAAAUGUGGUCAAGAACAUGAUUAUAGAAGAAAUAAAAAAAGCAGGUUCUUAUGGCCUUCUAAUUGACGAAGUAACAGACAUUGCUGUCACUGAGCAAUUAAUCACAUUCGUGCAGUUUUGGAACAGCACUUCUGGUGGCACAGAGAUUAAGUUUCUUAGUGCUAAUGAUCUCCUUGUUGAAUCUGAUUCUGCAAAUGCAGAAACCAUAACAAGCACUCUUGUAAAGGAGUUAAAUCAGUGUAACUUAUCAGUUGAAAAGCUCAAUGGCCUUUGCACGGAUGGAGCAUCAGUGAUGACGGGAAAAACCAGUGGGGUAGCUACCAGACUCAAAGAGUUAAACAAACACCUUGUCAGCAUUCACUGCAUCUGCCAUAAACUGUCACUUGCUUGCUGUGACACUAAUGAUGAGAUCGCAUACAUGCAAGAAGUUGAGAGAUGGCUUUUCCAGGCCUGGAAAUUUUUUGAAAAUUCCCCCAAACGACUUGCAGCAUAUCUAAAGACCCAACUUUCUGUGAAAAAGCUGCAAGAGCCUUCUAAAGAGGCUAAAGAUAAGUGUGUCCGUCGACUUGCUAAAGCUACUCGCACAAGGUGGCUCUCUCUGGGCAAGGCUGUAGAGGGUGUACAUAAGGAUUACAUACCCCUCAUGCUUACACUAAGGCAACUUGACCAGAAAGAUGCCCAAGCAUCAGGUCUUCUUGGAAAAAUGUACAAAGUGAAAUUCAUUGGGGUGGUAACAGUCAUGCAUCACGUUCUUCCUGUUCUCAACAAACUCAGCUGCACCUUCCAAGAAGGAAAGAUUUCCUUCUCCCAUAUAAAGCCAGCAAUUCAGAAGUGUAUUGACGAUCUUGACAAGAUUGUCCAGACGGGAGUUCCAGUCACUGAGUUUCUUAGAGAUCUAUCACCUGGAGGCAGACUGGAACAAGCUGAUCUCAUUGCUUCUGAUGGAGAUGAGCUGUUUCUCAGCAAUUUCCUGGUGAAAUAUGUCAAUUCACUGAAAAAAAGCUUAAACAGCAGAUUUCCCACCCUUCCUCUCCUGUCUGCUUUUAGCAUAUUCGACCCUGCACUAGUUCCAGAAAGGGGCCAGCCGGGAUUUAGGGAUUAUGGCAGUGUAUCAGUGAAACUCUUGGCUGAGCAGUUCUUUGAUGAAGACAGCGACAAAAGGCAGCUGAUGGAUGAGUGGCAGGUAUUCAAGUACGACUUGGCAAAAUGGAAGAAUGAGCUGCCUGAGGAAGUAAGAAAGCCCCCUGGUGGGAGCAAACCUACAGUCACUUCAACUGACUGGUGCCUCCAGAAGCUAAUGUUCAUGAAGGACCUGGUUCCAUUUAAUCUUCCACUGGUUGCAAAGGUGGCAGAGGCAGUGAUUUCUCUUCCAGUCUCAAAUGGAUGGCCAGAAAGGGGUGCCAGUUCUUUAAAACUGAUGAAGACAAGGCUUCGGAGUAGGAUGAAGAAUGACAUGCUCAACGCCCUACUACACAUUCUCAUUAAUGGUCCAAAAGUGGGAAGUAAGGAAUUUGAAGAAGUGAUUGAUGCUUCUGUUAGAGCUUGGUUAGCUGCAAAACCACGGCGAAAGUGUCCUCCAAAGUUUGUCAGCACACCAGUGGUUGCCAGCGCCGGUGAUAUAAGUGAGAACUUUGUAACUGUGCAGGAUGCUGGUGUACAGACGGAGGGUGACGCGGAGGGUGUCACGCCAAGUCACCCUUCAAUUGCAGAGGAAGUUGAUGCAACCUCCAAAGCACUUGAGCUACCUGCAGAUGACGGUGAUGAUUCAGAUUAUGGCUCUGAUUUCGAUGACUUUUAGUUUAGUUGUUUCACCUAACACUGUUUAUUUGUAAACAAAGUAAACAAUAUAAGCCAAUGAGUUAGAUUUAAUAUAAUUAUUCAUGUUAUGGAUUUAGUGAAUUCCCUGAGUCUGCGAACAGUUGCAGUAGUGUUUUAAUGAGGUCAAAAUGCUUGUCAAUUUAGUAAAUUGUGAACAGUUACAGUAGUGUUUUAAUGAAAGAACAAUGUUUGUCAAUUUAGUAAAUUCUCUGAGGCUGUGAACAGUUGCAAUAUUGUCUUUCAUAUAGUCACUUUGUGCUAGUGGGUAAAACCUCCUUAAAUUAUUCACAAUUUGUGUUUGCAAAAUGAGGAUGUAGAAUAAUAAAUUUCCACCUCAGAAUGCUGGAAAAUGCAUUUCCGAGAGUCUUAUUUUAAAAAUUUUCCGGGGGAGCAUGCCCCCGGACCCCCCUAGCGGCUCAGGCCUUCGGCCCUCGUGUCGGUGGGGGUGCCCGCUUACUCUAACACAAGAACCCUCCUACUUCAAAAGUUAAUGAAACCCCUGCAGUUGGACCCGAUAAUUCGAACUCGGAUAAUUCGAAGUCCCCGCUAAUUCGAUGUAAAAUUCAUUUCCCUUGGUUUUGCCCCACUUUCCUCAGUCAUUUUACCUCGGAUAAUUCGAAGUCCCCACUAAUUCGAAGUAAUUUCUGUUCCCUUAUGUCAGAUUUUACCCUGAUAAUUCAAAGUUAAGUUACCAGCUGAAUGAAAAAGAACAGACGUUGUCAGAAAUUAGAAUAUAUAUUUAUGUAAUAACAGUUUCGAACAUUUCACAGCUUGUUAAUCCCUUUAUAAUUGUGUAAAACAGUUCUCUGUGCUUUAAUCCCUUUACUGUA